AGCUAGACGUGGUCAAUUAAAGAACGAGCCACGUGGCUUUCCUCCCGACAUUGUGUAUGAGCCCAGCCUCUCCACAGUCUCCUUGUAUGAAAGGCUACCUACGCUACGCACGGCCGAAUAGCGCUUAGCUAAGAGCCAUUUUCCGCGCGCGCGUGUUAAAGAAUGGGUCAGGCAUUGCGUCGAGCAUCUGGAAGAAUCCAAGCAUCUUCUUCGAGUAUCGAUCGGACGCCGUCCACUUUGUCAAAAUCGAAGAACGUCAUCGAUCAGAGACCGCCGGCAGUGGGUUCCACUGACGGACUGAGCAUCUCGAAGACCGACGACCCAGGCUCUCUCGGUUCUGCUGGUACCCCAGAAAUCAAUCCCGAAAAUGUACCUGAAGAGCGAGAUCCAAAAUAUGAUGCCAUGCUAAGUCAAAUGGUUGGUAGAAUUUCAUCAAAGCCUGGAGGGAAACUUGAGAUGGGCGAGGCAUUUGUGGUGGAAAAGUAUAAUAAACCCAUGCCAAAACUGCGGAAUACAAAACCGGAUUCUGGUGGGCACGAGGAAAGGCCUGUCCCUCCAGGAAGCCUGAAUGUGGCACAGCUGCGUCACAUAAUCCUCUUGCACCAAGGCAAAGCUGACGACCAUGAGGGACCUAUGAAUGUCCAACAGAUUGCUGAAAAAUUCCGUGUUGAUGUCAAGCAGGUUGAAGGGAUUUUGCAGUUUCUAAAACUGCCCCCAGAGGACAGCAGUAAACAAAAAGACAAUAUAUGAAGAAGUUUUUUUUCCCUCUUUUGCACAACAGGAUUCUGUUUAACAAGAGAUGAUUUUGAUAGUUACAUGAAAAAUUCAUCUGCUAGAAGAGAUCCUGAUUAUAUAAAGCAAAAUCAUAGAGUUCCAGCUCAGUUUUUAAUCAAUCUCUGGGAAAUUUUGUAUGGUAGUUCCUAGCGUGAGAUGGUGAAGGACAUCAUAAGCUGGGUUAAUGAACUUUGGGACAUCUGAGAUGAUUGAACAUCGUUUACAAUACUUGUAGUGGACAAUUGGGGUAACAGUUCCCUAACUCUUUGCAUGAGAUGAUUGAACAUCGUUCAUGAUUCUUGUAGUGGAGAUUCUUGAUUCAAAGCUUUUAUUCGGUAGCAUUUCUAAUCUAUAAGGUUUUACGUUAAA